AGGGCACAAGUUAACAUUCUCCUAAAAUGUAUUAGUGAACGUGGCGAACCAAAGUUUGUUGGCCGAGAAUGAUGCCCAUAUUAGUGUUUUACCGUACUUCGAACAAGAUUACAUCCCAAUCCCAUGAAAGACUUAUGGAGAAAAAUGUAUCAAUAAAAUGUUAAUAUGACAGACAAAAAGAUAACCACUUUGUGUGGUUUGAAUAUAAUUUUCAAAAUAAUUAGACAUGAAUGAAAGACAAACGGGCAACAAGUUGGGCCGCUAACCCUUUGUAAAUAGCAAAACCAAUCCUCUUUCAAAUAUAACUUUGUGUUGGACAAUGCCAGUUAAAACAGUGGUCCACAGUUUUCUGAUAAAGAGGUUCUGCUGGAAUACUAGACACAGUUACUUUAAUGUAAUUUUACUCCUUCUUGGUUUAACAGAUUAUUGCUAACAAAGAUAGUCCAAGAGGAACACAUUUUCGGCGUGCUGGGCCUCGGCAAAGGGUGUAUUUCGAAUCAGAUGAAGUUCAGGCUGCAAUUGUGACAUGUGGGGGUUUAUGCCCUGGCCUCAACACUGUUAUUAGGGAGUUAGUUUGUGGUUUAUACCAUAUGUAUGGCGUCAAGAAAGUUUUGGGAAUCAGUGGUGGAUACAAGGGUUUUUAUGCUCACAAUACAAUCCAACUAACUCCUAAAACCGUAAAUGAUAUACAUAAGCGUGGGGGAACUAUCCUUGGUUCAUCACGAGGUGGACAUGACACAAUUAAGAUAGUUGACAGUAUUCAAGAUAGGGGAAUCAAUCAGGUUUAUAUAAUAGGAGGAGAUGGAACUCAGAGGGGCGCAUAUAGAAUUUUUGAGGAAAUUCGAAAGCGUGGUCUCAAAGUUGCAGUUGUUGGAAUCCCAAAAACCAUAGAUAACGACAUUCCGGUAAUUGACAAGUCCUUCGGCUUUGACACAGCUGUUGAGGAGGCUCAACGUGCUAUAAAUGCAGCACACGUUGAAGCUGAAAGUGUUGAAAAUGGCAUAGGCGUUGUCAAGUUGAUGGGCCGGUACAGUGGAUUUAUUGCAAUGUAUGCUACCCUUGCAAAUCGGGAUGUCGACUGUUGCUUAAUUCCGGAGACACCCUUUUUCCUUGAAGGUCCCGGGGGACUUUAUGAGUUUGCGGAGAGAAGACUAAAAGAAAACGGCCACAUGGUUAUUGUGAUUGCUGAAGGAGCAGGACAGGAACUUGUUACUGAGAGCAUGCAAGCCUUGCAAAAGCAGGAUGCUUCCGGAAACAAACUUCUUCAAGAUGUUGGGCUAUGGAUAUCCCAGAAGUUGAAGGAAUACUUUGCUAAGCAGAAGACAAUGAGCAUUACUCUCAAAUAUAUAGAUCCUACCUAUAUGAUUCGAGCUGUUCCAAGCAAUGCUUCUGACAACGUCUACUGCACACUUCUUGCUCAAAGCGCGGUUCAUGGAGCAAUGGCAGGUUACACUGGUUUUACUAGUGGGCUUGUGCAUGGAAGACAAACUUAUAUACCCUUUAAUAGAAUCACUGAAGGACAGAACACGGUAGUGAUAACUGAUCGAAUGUGGGCUAGGCUUUUAUCUUCCACAAAUCAACCCAGUUUUUUGAUAGCUAAGACUGCCCAUGAAGAGAAGAAGAAGGAAGAAGCAGAAGAAAUGGAUUCAUUUAACCUGUAGGACCGGCAUUGUUCAUAUAACCACCAUUUUGUUAACAAAACUGUCUGGCAGUAAUUUAUCAUGUCUGUACAUAUUAUUACCAUCAUUUUAGCCUCUACUUUGUGUUGUAACUGUAACUUGUAAAGUAGUACUGUAUACAUGAUUAGUUAAUUUUUUCCUUUCCACAUCGAUAACCGAUAAGAUGUCUGUGUGGAAAGCUCAGCCUUACAUGAGCACGAUAUAUUCUUUUGUAAUGUUUUGUCACGGAUUCUAAUCAUUUGAAAGAGUUCUGAUUCAUAUACAAGACUUUUUGUUUCAAA